AUGAAGAUCGAAGCACUUGUACUACGAAAAUUAACAAAAAAUCUACCGGAGAACGAGAUACAAAUAAAAGAAAGGAACCAUAGGAACUUGGUCCUGGCGGAUCCAAAUUUUAAUGAAACAGGUUCAAUAGAUAUUCUAUUAGGAGCCAAAGAAUAUAGUUUGAUAUUACUAUACGAAGUAGAUCGAACAAAGAAUGAUUUGUUCGCCCUAAAUACAAAAUUGGGUUGGAUAAUGUCAGGGAUAGCACAGCAAGAGAAUAUCCCUAAUAUACAAGUACUCAGCAUGAUAUCUAGACGACAGAUGGAUGAAGCAAUAAAAAAAACUGAAAAAUAG